AGAAGAGCAGGACCACUGCAAAGGUGAGGAGACCUGCAGAUGAUGGUUGAUGACUCAAGUUAUUUCAUUAAUGCAGGAACUUAACUCAUCUUAUUAAGGAAAUAACUUCAGUUACGUAAUUAAGUAAAUUAAGUUACUUCAUUAAUCUCCUAAAUUACUCCAAAAAAAUGACCAUUUAAAUCAAAUCAAAUAAAAAUGAAUUUGAGCCAAAGCUUUGUAGUUUACACAUUUAUAAUUUUGUAAUUGCACUCUCUAAUAUAAUGAAUGUUCUUGCUUAUGAAUAAAUGUUUGAUCCAUUAUUAGUAAUGUAAUCUAAUCCCUGUUGUUGCAGGCGGCCGCAGGGACAGCGCGGCGUCCUCUCCCGAACCGGACCGAGCCGCCGCCUUCGGCCCGAUGGAGGGCCAGAGGAAGAGGAAGAGGACCAUCUUCAGCCGGGCCCAGCUCACCGAGCUGGAGCAGGCCUUCGCUGUGACCCCCUACCCGGACAUCACCCUGAGGGAGAGGCUGGCGGCGCACACACACCUGCCCGAGAGCAAGAUACAGGUGUGGUUCCAGAACAGAAGAGCCAGAAGUAUCAAGACGGUGAGACUCCCAAAGUCCCCCCAGCCCGCCCUGGGAGGGAGUGGGGGGGCCGACCCCCCCACCGGGCCGGUGGCCGCUGCUUUCCUGUCCUCGACCACCCUGGCGGACAUCUUCAGACCGGAGCAGAACCACUCCUGCGAGGACGUCCCGCAGAUCUACUCCGACUGGUUCCACAUCUACAGCAACCCCGUCUCCUCGCCGGCCCCCUCCUCCUCGUCUCUGCAGCCCGCGCCGGGCCCCUCAAAGCCCUCGGAGCCUUGUCUCUGGGAGGAGCACCACCAGCACCACCAGCACCACCAGCACCACCAGCACCUGGGGCCGCCGCUCCCCGGGUUCCUUCCCGGUUCCUUCCCUCCGCCCCACCACUCGGCCUCGGCUCGGCCCUACCAGGCCUUCAGGAACUUCAAACCCCAGAGCGCGCAUCCUCCCGCCGGGGUCCACCAGGCCGCGUGCGGAGGCGGCGCCGCAGGUGGAGGUCACACCUCUGUGGACCAGGUGGUUCCCUCCCACCCUCAGCCGGUGUACUGGGAGGUGGCCCACGCCCAGGGGCACCAUCACCACCCGCAAAUGGGGCCGCAGACCUCCAUGGGCUACAUCUCGGACCUGAUCUACAACGCCGCCAUCGUCACCAACUUCCUGGAGUUCUGAUGGGUCCAGAUGUGGAACUCGUCAGUGGCCACAGACUCUUCCCCUCCCACAUGUGUGCUGCUCCUCAAACAUCUGUCCUGCAGUGGUUCCUGGCUUUGUGCGUCCCCCUUUGUGUUUCGGUUUCAUUGAUCAGCUCCGAUAAAACGAGCAUUAAUGGACCAUCUGUAGACCUUUUUAAACACUCUUACUUCUUUUUAAUAAUCCAUAAAAAUCUGUAAGUAUUUAAAAAUACGUGUAAAUAUGUAUAAUUGUGGUGCUUAUUUUGCUUGUUUAAAACCAACAUUUUGGACGUCAUGCAGCUAAGAAUCUGCCAACAUUCUGUUUAGAUGAGAAUUGGCUUCAGUGUGUGAAGCCCAAACAUUCCACAAAGUA